AUGCCGCGCCCAGCGCUUCCCCCGACACCAGCCUCCUCCACCGACAUUGAGGGCAAGGACGGCACAAAAAAGCUGGCGUCUCUCCAGCUGGCAUUUGAGCUGCCUCCCCCCGCCAUCGCUCGUGACCCCUCCAGCAUCUCUCCCACCGACAUGAGGACUUCGCCACCUAGUUUGCCGUCUGCUUCGUCUGGCCGGGCUUCCUAUCCUAUGCAGGUCGCCGAGGCCGUCAAGUCGCGGCGCCGUGCAUCUUCGACAGCUCAAAAACCCGCCGCCAAGGAGGCCUUCACACUACCCCCACCACCGACUAGGUCACGAAAGAUCAUCCAGAUGAAACCGAAGCAGGAGGAGCCCGAAGAGGAUUCACCAUCCGCCAAAAACACCACAGCUUCAAAGGCCGCAGCAUCAAAUGGGACUGCGGCGGCGACGUCGAAGAAGAAGCAGCCGUCUGCGACGAGCGCAGCUGGGCGGAAGAUUGCGAGAAAGACGGCGCACAGCCUGAUCGAACGCCGCCGGAGGUCCAAGAUGAAUGAGGAGUUUGCCGUGCUGAAGGGCAUGAUCCCGGCGUGCACGGGCGAGAUGCACAAGUUGGCCAUUCUCCAGGCUUCCAUUGAGUAUGUCAGAUAUCUCGAGGACUGUGUGUCCAAACUCAAGGAGCAACGAGAGGCGCCCGAUAUGCAGACGCCUACCGAAGGUGGCCGUGACUUGUGGGCAUCCAUUCCCCAAUUUGCCCCAACGUACCGUGAGGACCCUUCCGGCGAUGUUGAAAUGACCGGCUCUGAAGCCGCGUCGCCUCCGUUUGCUGCCCAGCCGUCCCGCUCGCAUCAACCGUCCGUGUCGCCUGCCCUGCUAGCCGAAGACGCGAGGAACCGGAACCACUCGUACUCGUCCACGUCUACCGACCACAGGCACUACAGCUACAGCGCCUCCUCGGCCACCACAUCACCGGCGUUCGGCCCCCAAAUAUGCGACUACGGUCGCGCGGGUGGACCCUCGCAGCCACCAUCGGCGCUGACGAGCCCCGCCCUUGCGCCGCAAAGGGAGCACCGUGACCUGGAUCAGGAGGCGACGGCCGCCCUGCUCAUGCUUAACAGCGACCGUCGGGGCACUAUCGGGAGUGGACAUGGCCGCAGCAGUGCCACGGAAAGCCAGGGCACGGGACGUGGCAUGUCGGUGCGGGACCUCCUCAGCGCAUGA